AUGUGGGCGCUCUUGUACCAGGCCAUGACGGACGAGGGCGGCAUCGAUAUGAGGCGCAUCUUUGCGCUCUUCCUUCUCACGCUUCUGCCGACAAUGACCGUCGCAACGUUGGUCCUGCGGACCCCACCGCCCAGCUUUCGUGUGGCCGGCCAUGACAUGCACUGCAUUCCGUCUCUCAAAGCGCCCGACGUCGACCUCGUUCAGGACGAGUACCUUCGCAUUGGCAUGACGCUCGUCAACUACGAGGCUGUCGCACGCCACAGCAGCUCGCUCGUGGAAGGUACGGACCGCCGGUACCACGAACAAGUCAAGGCACUGUCGCUGCUGCAGUGCAUCUUUUCGAUCGAUUUUUUGUUUCUGCUCCUCGCACAGCUGCCGACUUGUGUGGCGGGUAUCUUACCAUGUACCACAUCUCCAACGACGACAUGCUAA